AUGUGGCGCUUCAACUUGCUUUUUAUACUGCUGAAGGUGCAGUGUCUGAUCCUCGAUGUCGUUGGGCUGCUGAAGUUGAGGUUCGACAGAGCUCAUCAGCGCUAUCGCCUGAGACGCGGCUGCUGCUCCUCUUUUCUCAUGCCCUUUCCGUGCUUACUGCUGAUUCUCCUCAACAUUAUACAGUUCCUCUUGCGCUGCAAGACGGAACACAUGAAUGCGACCUACAACGAAGUCGCGCCCGGUACACGGCCGGACCUGGACGUGGUGGAUUUCUUCAUGCUCCUCGCACGAAAUAUCAUCUAUGUGUGGAUGCUGAUUAUGUGCUUGACCGGCAGGCUGCAGCUCUGGUAUAUGGUAGAUCAAGCCCAAUUGGUCUACAGGCAUCUGGAGUCUGUGCUGCGCGAGCGUCUCCAGCUCAAGUGCUCCUGGCUGCUUCUAUUUCUGGGCAUUUUCCAGCUCCUGCUGCUGCUCUGGCUGAGCUUCAGCCUGCUUUUCCUCAACUUCCCACUGACAAUGGGCGAAAAUCUCAUCCACUAUGGAAUGGGCGCCAUGGAUCUGCUGCUGGUGCUCCUGCUGACCGUAAACAUCUAUCAGCUGCUGCUGCACACGGCGGUGCUGCAGUCGCUGAAUCAGCUGCUCCGGCAGCUGCAGCUGCAGCAGCCCAAUGAGCUCAACCUGCUGCGGCAAGUGCUCCAGGUGUGUCCUCUGCUCAAGCGCAUACAGCACUUGGCCGCCUUCUACUUUCGAUUAGCUUUCUGUUGGCUCUUCUGCCAGCUUUGCCUCAAGUGCGGUGCUUAUGUGAGUGAGUUCAGCUACGAGGAGGACGUGAUUCUGUCACGCCACAAGUCCAUCGACCAUCUGGAGGAGGAAGCGGAGUGGCUGGGUCAAGAAAGCCCACCACAAACGCGGGAUCACGCACUGAUCUUCGCAGCAUUCGAGCUCGCUGGGACACUCACCAUGAUGCUGCCGCUGCUCUUCACUGCGAAGCUGCAGCAGCGAGAGCAGAAGAAGCUUAUGAACAACAUCUGGAAGAUUGAGCUGCCCAGCAGCAAGCAGCAGGUGGCUCCGAGGUCAUUCAGUGAGCGCAGGGACUGCAAGGACAUCAUCGGUUUCCUACUCAGCACACGCCUGCCUUUCGUCGAUUAUCGCCCGCAUUCCGUCAGCAUUCUGGCCUGGAAGCCAAGGCCCAACGCCGCUGUGAUUACAUUCGCUGGCAUCGCAAGCGGCUGCAAAAUGCUGCUGCAGGUGGUGCUCUGCACCACCGUCGUCGACUAUCUGCAGCAAGUGGAGCUGGAUCGCCUGCAGAGCCGCAGCUAG